AUGGAUUCGCGCGCAGCUCAGGCGGUGUUGUCGCUGGAAGGCGCGCCCCCGGAGUCCACGACGGCGAUAUCGAACUUGGUAUUGCUCUGUCGGCAGCGCGUAGUGGAGUACGCAGCUAGCACGGGCCAGACGAAAAAAGAAAUAACCGAGCUGGUCCAGUCGGCUGCGAACAUGGGCAGCCAGCGCGACUGGGAGUUCAUCACCAUGCUGGCAGGAUUUUUCCUGCAUGAGCACGCCGUUCUUAUCAUCGGGAAACUUCUCGGACUGCCAGACCUUCAGAUCAUCCACGAAGAUAUCGCGAAGAUCCAGCUCUACGACGCCACAGAGCCAUCCGUGCUGUGCUCGAGGCCCCUAACACUCACUCCCACUUUCUCACAGCCCUCACCAGGCAAGCAUAACGGAGCCAGCGGCUGGCCUUGCGGUGAAGUCAUCUCGGUGGCGCAGUACGUCAUGGAGAUUUUCGAGGCGAACUUUGAGGCGCUCGUGGCCGGUGCCGCCGGAGAUACGGACGGUGAGACGGACGGCGAGACGGACGGUGAGGCCGGCAGCGAUACCGGGCUCGAGCCGCCCCCUGAUGCAGUGCCCGAGGCUACCGAUGCCGAGGAGACGGACGGUGAGACGGACAGUGACGAACCGCCUCCCGAGACGGUUUCCGAUGCAAAAAAUUUGGCUCCAGUUUGGGACGUACAUGGCAGAGGGCGUGCGCUGUGA